AUGUCGAUGCGGGAGAGUAUAUUCAGUAUCGGAUCCCGAAUGAUCCAGAGACACGACGAUGACAUAAGUUUCGAUGUUAUGAAUCUUGAUGACUUGCAUCAAACGCACAGUGACCUCUUGCAAGAAAUCUGGAUGUUGACCCUAGAAAAUGACAUGUAUGAGCGGUACCUGAGCCGACAAGAUCCUCACGGUCUCAAAACCAUCAAGAAUGUCCUGGACAGAGCAAAAAUCACAAGAAGAGUUACAGCACACUUAUUACCAAGAUCAUCGCGUAUGAGCUUCCGAGAAAGCGUAAUAAAUGUCCAUGACCCUGGCAGAUAUAGUGUUGUUAGUACACCUAGCAUUGUCAGCAUGCCGUCCGUAAGUCGAUUAGGAGCAACAAGCAUCAUGACAGUGGGAACUACAGGCGAUAGCCCGAAGUCAGAAUAUCAAAAACCACUCGGCCGCUUUGAACAAUCUUAUCAAACUACUCCGGUCUCGAAUGCCUUAAACAUCAUAAAAAUUCUUUAUCGAACCACACUUUCAUCCUAUCAGAAUCACAAUAGCACAUCGGAUGUUUAUGGCAAGAAAGGAAGUGGAGGAGAUGAAACGGAAACUGGAACAGAUACAAGUUCAGGUGAUUGCACGUGUUUCAGAGUGUACCGCCGUAUUGUGAAUGCAUUUUUCACGCGCGACUUCUCGCGAAGAUUCAUCGAAGAAUGGCUGAGAUCGGCGAACACGAUACUAGAGAGGCUAAGAUUGAAGAGCGCUACAUUGAGAAUGCUGAUCAGAAAGGCUAGACAGCAGCUUGCUCAGAGGAAGGAACUAGGCGAGUUACUUCACGCCGUUGACUUCGAGAAAUUAAACAUCGAGAACCAGGAUUACGCAAAGAUGCUCGAAGAAAAGAACUUGUACGUGAUAGAUAUGAAGAGAAUCGCAGGGUACUACCAUCUGAAACUGACGCAACACAAGCAGAAACUGGGAGAUCUGUUGCGUAAAUUGAACGAGGUGAAGAGCGAAAUUAUAACGAAACAGGAUCAGAUUAACGAGUUAAAGAUCGAGCAGCGGGUCGUUGAGGUUAAAGUGAAACGGCAGAACAGGAAAUUGCAAAAUUUAUUGAAUUUCAUGGAUAAUCAUGUCGCACCAGAUAUUUUAGAAUUUGUCCACAUACAAGUAGAAUGCGGGGAAUUAGACAAAACUUAUAAAUUACUGCAGAGACGUAGGAAUAUCGAGAAGAUAAUAUUUGAGGAGUAUAGAAAACAGUCUCAGAUCAGAAAGAAAUCUCGUAUGGACGAAGAAGCCAGGCAAAGACAGUAAGUCACGGUACAAUUUUAUCUAAUUUGGGAUUCAUCUAUUGAUUUGAUAUAUUACUUUAG